AUGAAAUUGGCACCAGAUGACAAACUUUAUCAGAUAGAUAAAAGCAUAUCUAAAAUUUCCGACGUAGUAGCAAUGAAACUCGAUAAUAUCACUUUACAAAUUAACAAUAUCGAAAGUAAUAUCGAAAAUUAUAUAUUGGAACGAGAAUUCUUAAGACAGUAUGAAGUAGUAUAUGACAAGAUUGACAGAAUUGAUUUUUUAUAUAAUGAAACUCGAUUAUGGGCAGAAUCUUUGGGAAAAAAUAAAUCAUGGGAUCUUCAAAACAAAACUGAUGAAAUGUUAUCACUUGGACCUGAUUACCCUCAAUCAAUGAAAUGUGAGGAUAUGACACCACAAUAUCAAUUAUUUUCAUUGUAUAAACAACUUAUUUAUACAGAAGCUCAAGGUAUGGCUGCAAUGGCUUUUGCAUGUGCAUGGAGAGUUAAACAUACAAGUUUUCUUUAUGAACUAGAUGAAAUAAAGUACGAAAGAAUAAGAAGCAUCAUUGAAUAUACUGGGUUGUUUAAAAAUAAAAUGAAAUUUGCUAGAAAUUUCAUUCGACAAUGUGAUGCAAAAUACAAAAUAGAUAAAAACAGAAAAGGUAAUAAUACAUAUGCUUCAUUCAACAAUAUGUAUUACACCACUGUACUUGAUCGGGCUAAUUUUAUACUUUAUGCUGAAAACAAAAGACCUACUUUUCGAUUGUCUCAAUUACAUAACGAGUCCAUUGAUCACAGUCAUAGUUAUGAUAAAAUUUGUCCUGGUUGGAUUUCGAAUUGUAAAGAAGUAUGGAGUAUCGACUAUUGUGAGCGAAAAGAAGAAAAUCAAACAAGUACCAAAAAUUAUUAUUGGAUAAAAUACACAGAACUUAGUACAAGAAAGGAAAAGAUUUUUGGUGAUAAAAGUCAUCCAUGUAAAUCAACUAAAUUGUCAAACGAAGUUCUAGGGGGUAGUCCAAUCCAUAGAAAAACCACUGAAUAUUAUCCAGUUUAUUGUGAUUGCAAGGAUGAUAGUAUUGACACUGAUAACAAAUCAAUUCGAGCUUUUAGUUUAUUAUGGGUAGUAACUGGUGCGAGACUAGUUGCUAAAGAUCGUAUGAUUCAUAUUCAGCUUCGAGAAGGUAAACUUUUGCCCUAUGGAGAAAUUGAUAAAAAUACUGAAAGAUGGGUACCACUUCCAACAUUUAAAUAUGAAAAAAAAUUUCCUAACAAGGCAAUUCAUGAAGAUGGAAAGGAAUAUGCACUGAAUGAAUAUGUUCAUUUUAUUUCGAUACAAGCGCUUUAUUCGAAAGUUCUAUGUUUACAAAAACUGACGUUAGACGGACAAUACUUGUUGAUUGGUGUAAGAUUCAAAUAUGAUCAUUCAAAUCAUUUGAGACUUGAAACAAAAUAUAUUGGUUUCAAUCAUGAAAAUGGAAACAUUAAUACUGAUACUGAAUUUCAAGAACAAUCCUGCAAACAACUACCUGAAUUGAUUUUGAAUAAUCCAGAUGAUCCACUCAAAUUUAAUACACAUCCACAUGAUUCUAAGGAAAAUCAAUUUAUUACUAUCAGAGCAUCAGACUUGAUUAAGGAUGCAUCACAAACAACUAUUCCAUUUUUUGAUCUUUUAGAAGUUGCACCCGAAAUAAGCGUACCAAUUAGCGGGAUUGAAUUAUUUCAUAAAGGACAGCUUGAUGGUACAUCUGGUGGAUAUAUUUCAUUGAAAAUAUAUUCAUUAAAUUUAACUACGUACAUGAACUUACCAUCAUUUUAUGACAUUUAA